AUGGACUCAGAAGAUGAUUAAAAAUUUUAUUUCGAAAUUGAGGGUCUUCAUUUCUUAAAAAACUCUAGUAAAAUCUUUUUACACGGGGUAGUAACUCAGAAAGAUAAACAGAUAAGAUACUGCUAGCUCAGAAAUAUGGAAAACUUUGAAUAAAUCUAGCAAAAAAAAAUUGAAGAAAAUAUACAACCUUUAAUAGCCAAUAAUACAUCAAAAGAGAAGAAUGCAUUUAAUUUUUCACCUUGCGAAUAAUAUCUACUCUUAGGCAUUAAACCAACUGAUGAAGACGAUCCUAAUUUAUAAAUAAAGAUUUACUAAAUUGAUAAUUACUUCAACAAUUAGAUUGACUAAUCUUCAGUUUAAACAAUUUAAUAUUAAAAAUCUUUUGGAACUUUAAAAAACGUGAUGUUUGGUCCCAGUGGCCAUAUUAUAUUAUGUCAAUCAACAUCAAAAGAGCAGGUUGAUAAUUAUAUACAAUCAAAUGAAAAUGAGAUUGAAUGUCUAGCCUUCUUGAAUUGCAAUUACAACAAACCUAUUUCCUUUAAAUAUCACCUAGAUGAGUAUCUUGAAGAAGUAUUAAAAAAAGGAGGAUAAAAAGAUGAGAAAUUUUUCUCACCUGAUGGAGUUUUUAAAUGCUUAUUUGGGUACCCAAAACUUGAAUUAUCUGAUUUCUAUAUUGAUAAGUUUUUAUUUGCUACUUUUGAAAAGAAAACUUUAAUUAUUGAAUUUGAAACUCUCAAUAUUAUAUAUAAACUUGAUCAAUUAAUAUAUUUUAGUUGGGAUACUGAAUAUCUAGGAUAUGAUUCGAUAUUUAAUAUUUUUCAUAUCGCUCAUUUAUAAUCAGGGAAAAUUGAAAAAUUAGGAUAAUUAAAUCCUCCAGAAGGUUUUAAAUUUGACAGUAAAAAGCCAAUUGUUACAAAUAAUUCAAUUAUAAUUAAUUCCAUUGAUAAUAGCAAAAGAUGCAGUGCAGUUUUAGUUUACGAUAAGUUUAAUUUGAUUCUCAUCAACUAAUAUACCUUAAAAGAAUUGUUUUAAGAAAAAAGGACUAUUAUUUAUUUUUACAAAGGACUCAUCAGAUACUUCAAUAAUGAAAAGAAAAAACUACUUGAAAUUAAUCUCUAUAAUUCAAGGUUGAUGACUCUUAAUAAGUUUAUUCAUGGAAUAAUCUAAAUUAUGUUUAUGAUACUAAUAAGUAAAGUAUUGUAGGCUCUCUUCCAUCUAUAAUUAAACAUAAUCUAGAAAUCUUUUUGA